UGAUAGUCUGUCACAUCGUGUUUCCGUCGGCCAUAAUAGUUGCCGCUUGCGGCACUAGUGUAUAAAGUUAGCGGUGUAGUUUUUCUCACACGUAGAAAUAAACACACUGGUUGUAAGUGUUUUCACAUUGUUGUUUCAAUAUUACGUCUAAAAUGGGUGAUCCUUAUGCUUCUGGUGACUAUAGCGGCGGAGGGUAUCCUGCUCAAUAUUCAAUGCCGCCUCCAGCAGUUAGUUCGGGAGAUAAUAGUUUUAAUUCCGGUCAACAACCAGGAGGCUACAAUCAAAAUAGUUAUAGUCAAAAUUCAGGUGCGGCUUGGAAUCCACCAAGCUCCGGAAGUGGAAGUGGUGGAAAUUAUGGUGGUAAUCAAAACGAAAGCAAUUUUAACUAUGGACCCUCUUAUGGGGGUGGUGGCAGCGGCGGGGGUGGUGGUGGCUAUGACCGAAACAAUGGAAAUAACUACAAUGUGAGUGGGGGAGGUGAUCGAGGAAGCAGUAAUUACGGUGGAGGAGACCGUGGAAGUGGUUAUGGAAACAGUGACCGCAGUGGUGGAAACUUUGGUGGCAAUGACAGAGGUGGCUCCAACUAUGGUGGAGACAGAGGCGGCGGAGGUUACUCUGGAGACCGAGGCUAUGGCGGAGGCGGAGGUGAUAGAUCAAGCUACAAUAGAGAUGGGGGGAAUAGAGAAGGAGGCUAUGGUGGCGGCGGCAGGGGGGGUGGUUAUAAUAAAGGUGGCGGUGGAGGCUAUGGCGGAGAUCGAGGUGGGGGUGAUAUGAUAACUCAGGAAGACACAAUCUUCAUCCAAGGCAUGAACCCAUCGACAACUGAGGACGAGUUAUGUCAACAUUUUGGUGCUAUCGGCAUAAUUAAGACCGAUAAAAAAACACAAAGGCCGAAAGUUUGGAUGUAUAAAGACAAAGCUACUGGUCAGCCCAAAGGAGAAGCAACAGUCACUUAUGAAGACUCGAACGCUGCCUCAUCUGCUAUUCAGUGGUUCGACGGGAAGGACUUCAACGGUGCCACCGUGAAAGUAUCUCUUGCUCAGAGGCAGAAUACCUGGGGUGGCAAUAAGGGUGGUGGUGGAGGAGGAGGCGGAUACCGCGGUGGUAGAGGAGGUGGCGGCGGCGGCGGUGGAGGAGGAGGAGGAGGAGGCCGCGGUGGCGGUGGUGGUGGCGGAGGUGGAGGCGGAGGCGGACCACCUUCCGGCAACCGAGCCGGUGACUGGAGAUGUCCGAAUCCCAGCUGCGGGAACACUAACUUUUCAUGGCGGAAAGCUUGCAAUAGAUGCAACGAAGAGAAGCCCGGCGGAGGUGGUAACGGUGGUGGUGGAGGGGGAGGUGGCGGUGGUCCACCUCCUAGUCGCGGAGGCGGUGGCGGAAACGGACCUCCAGGACGUGGGGGACGUGGAGGAGGUCGCGGCGGUGGCGGAAGAGGAGGAGGAGGAGGUGGUGGCGGCGGUUGGGGUGGAGGACGACCAGAUCGUAGCGGAGACCGCGGAGGAGACCGACGAGGCUCCGGCGGUGGAGACCGUGGCGGCGGUGCCAUGAGAGGCGAUGGAGGUGGCCGUGAUCGACAGAGACCUUACUAAGUAUUUAUAAAUGUAAAUUUAGAUUAUAAUUUGUUGUAACUGAUUUAUUUGUAUUAGUGUGUUCCACAUUUAAAGAUAAGAUAAAUUCGUUUUUUAAACCCGAGUCAUGUCUUCAUAGUUAAAAAUAGCAUGUAACUGUGUCAAUUGCUACUUUGUAAUAUUUUCUAUGACAGUUAUAUUUUCUUUCCUUGUAAAUAAGUAAAAUUGCAAUAUUUGCAUACAAAUAUUUAAUGACAAAUUAUGAGUUUGUUGAAGGUAAAACUACCAUUUUCUUAAUCUAAGUUCUGUACUUUUAAGGCAAUGACGACGAUAUACUUCUAAGUAAUAAAUAAAUAAAAAAAAAAAGAUUUUUUUAUAAACCUCUCCUUCA